UACGACUACUACGACUACGACUACGACUACUACGACUACUACGACUACGACUACGACUACGACUACUACGACUACGACGAGUACGACUACGACUACUACGACUACUACGACGACGACUACGACUACUACGACUACGACUACUACGACUACUACGACGACGACUACGACUACUACGACUACGACUACUACGACUACUACGACGACGACUACGACUACGACUACUACGACUACGACUACUACGACUACGACGACGACGACUACGACUACUACGACUACUACGACGACGACUACGACUACGACUACUACGACUACGACUACUACGACUACUACGACGACGACUACGACUACUACGACUACUACGACGACGACUACGACUACUACGACUACUACAACAACGACUACGACUACGACUAG